AUGGCUGAUUCCAAGAAUAACGAUGUUGAGAUGAACGGUGAGGAUUUCUCCAAAGACGUCACUACAAGCGAAAAUGAGAACGGUACCGGCACCAAUGGUACAAAUGGAAACGCUGAUGGCCAGUCAAACGCACGGGAUGACGACAGAAAACUGUUUGUUGGCGGUCUGAGUUGGGAGACUUCUGAGAAGGAGUUGCGCGAACAUUUUGGCAAAUAUGGAGAAAUUGAAAGCAUAAAUGUUAAAACAGACCCACAGACUGGCCGUUCACGUGGCUUCGCUUUUAUUGUUUUCACUAGCACUGAAGCUAUUGACAAAGUUCACGCCGCUGGUGAACAUAUCAUUAACAACAAGAAAGUCGACCCCAAGAAGGCCAAGGCCCGUCAUGGAAAAAUUUUUGUUGGUGGUCUCACAAAUGAAAUCAGUGAUGAUGAGAUCAAAACAUAUUUCAGCCAAUUUGGCAAUAUUGUCGAUGUUGAGUUGCCAUUUGAUAAGCAAAAGUCACAGCGUAAGGGAUUCUGUUUCAUUACAUUUGAUUCUGAACAAGUGGUAAAUGAGUUGCUGAAGACACCUAAGCAAAAAAUAUCCGGUAAGGAAGUUGAUGUUAAACGUGCAACACCGAAGCCAGAAAACCAAAUGAUGGCUAUGCGUGGAGCCCGUGGUGGCAUUCGUGGCGGACGUGGAGGCUUCGGACGUGGUGGAUAUCCACAAUGGCCAGGUCAAGGUGGUUAUGCUCCAUAUGGCGGUUAUGCAGGUGGUUAUGAUCCAGGCUAUGGAGACUAUUACAGCGGCGGCUAUUAUAAUGGCUAUGACUAUGGAUACGAUUACGGCUACGGAGGUGGUUAUGAUGGCGGCUACGGUGGCGGUAGCGGCGGCGGUGGCCGAGGUGCCGGUGGUCCACGCGGCGGUCCAAAAGGUGCCGGCGGCUAUCCUUCGGGAAAGCAAAGAGGGACAGGACGCCAGCCCAGACACCAACCCUACUAAUCACGUUCGUUGCAAUAAGUUGAUAGUAAUAAACAAGCGCUGGUACCAAAAAAAUCACACACUACACGAACUUAAUUUUUUGAUUAAGUUUUUACUCAUCGCUUGGAAAUUAACUAUAUAAACGAAUUAUAUGAUUUCUUCUGUGUUAUAUUUAAUACAUGCACACACACAAACGAGAAAUUUGCCACCUGAAAUAAACACUACAACGGAAAACAACAACAUAAAUAUACUCAGAGACGCAGUGCUGACAACAACACCCCAUUCCAAAUAGUUUAUCAUCAACCAUAUGAAACAAUCUCAUUGUGGUCGGCACGGUUUAAACAAUCAAUUUAAGUUCGUAUGUGUGUCCAAUGAACAACCAAUGGAAAAUACACCGGCCUUACUUUUUUUUACCAGAAGUGCAAGCAAAAAAGUCUACUACUUCAGCGUUGCAUUCAUUGCAGUGUCAACUUAACAACAAUUCAGCAAUCAAUAGUUUAUUAGCAGUACUUUUCACUAGUUUUAGAUCAUACAUACAUAUAUAUUACACUUAAUCUUAUGUUACCUAAUAUACUUACUUACUUUAAAAUGGUAAUUUUUAUGCUCUAAGUAGUAGUUGUGGUAUGUUAUCAGUUAGCAAUUUGUAAUUAUCAACUCAGCCCCAUUUGAAAUGCUAUUUUCCUUACCCGCAUCCUAUCCACAUAAUCCAUGCGCACAAUGCGCCUCCACACAUGCGCAUACAUGCCGUAUGUAUGUGCGUGCAUGAGGUGUUUGUUUGCGAAUUUAAUUUACAUCAACUUGUCGCUCAAUUCGUAAUAAAGCUGUCACAUUGUCGUUUGAUAGCGUUUAUCUUUUUGCUAGUAUACAUAACGUGCGUUAUGUACUAUUUUUUAUACUUAUCUAUACUUACUACUAAUGUCUAAAAAUAAGCGUAUAACAGAAAGAAUGGCAAACAAACAAAAUAAACUUACCAAGUUAUGCUUAAAUUAUGAGUACUAUCAAGUGUCAGUGAAGAAGAGAGUGUGGUGAGAGAGGGUGUAUCGUCGACUAACACAACAAAAUAAAGCUGCAUCCAUAGCAAAACACAACAAAAACGUAUCCACCAAAAUAUUCGACGUAGAAUUCAAC